UACUUUCUAUUGUCUUAUUUUAACACUAUUCUUUCCAGCAUCUUUUGCCACAAAAAUUGUUUGUUUAUAAAAUUGAGUGAUUUACUGAACUUUUCUUACUAGAUACAGAGCUCCAGAACUAUGGGUACCCUUCAUGAAAAUGAAUGCAAUGGGUUUAGAAUAAAAACUUAAACCCGGCACCCAAAAGAAGUUCUUCAGUUUGCGGUUCUUAAGGUUUUAUGUAGAACCCUACAAGCGUGCGUUUCAAGUAGAGCCUUUUUAGCAAGCUAUGAACCCUUGAGGAAGCUGUUAAUCUAAAAGUGAGUAAGAUUUAAAAAAAAAAAAAAAAGCACCUGCAAUGAGUGCCGUUUUAUUUUGAGCUAAAAGAUGUAGGGAUGCUGUAUUUUUUUUUUAUUUAUUUAUUUUUAUGGAGGAAUUUCAUGAAACUUGACAAAAGGCUUUGUUACAUGUUGAUAAUACGCAGAUUGUAAUUUUGUUCAAUUCCGUUGCAUUUUACCAGAGUUGUGGCCCUUGAUUAGCAGCCUUGUACUUUCACAAUUUCAUGAAGGUGUGCUCGCCUUCUGACAUCAACUCCUCUCUCAAUUUUUGGACGAAUUUCUCAAAGCUUGGCAAAAGGCCUUGUUAUAUGACGGUAAUACACAUAUUAUGAUUUAAUUUUGUUUGUGAGAAUUUUCCCAGAGUUUUGACCCUUGAUUAAAUAACCUUUUGACAAUUUCACGAGGGUGGACGUUCUUCUGAAAUCAAGUCCUCUCACAGUUUGUGGAGGAAUUUCACCAAACUUGGCAGAAGGCUUUGUUAUAUGACAGUUAUACGCAGAUUGAAAUUUCGUUUAAUUUGGGCAAAUUUUACCAGAGUUAUGCGCUUGAUUAUUAACAAACUUGUACUUUUGGCAAUUUUAUCAUGGUGCGCUUGCUUUCUGAAAUCAAAUUCCUUCGAUUUUUAUCAUUGCCCACUGGCCGAAAGGGGGUUAUGUCGUGGCAAUUUCUGUUCAUCCCAGGAAGGGUACUCACCUUCUGAAAUCAACUCCUCUUACAAUUUUUGGAGAAUUUCAUGAAACUUGAAAGGAUUCUUUGUUGUAUGUCGGUAAUACGCAUAUUGUAAUUUCGUUCAAUUCAGUUGCAUUUUACCCGAGUGAUGGCAGAGUUGCCAGCGGGGAAUAUUGUGCUCUGAGUGCUCUUGUUUGUAGUUACCCCUACAAGAGACCGUUCUUAUUUUAGAACGGGUUCCACGUUCUCUUGAGGAACAUGAAUGAUGGUUUGUUUUGGAUCUUUGUACCUUUUUAUAUGCUUUUAUUUUACAUAUUAAUUUGGGGUUGGCCUGCGAUGGACUGGCGUCCCAGCUAGAUUUAAUUCUCCCACCUUGCACAUCAUGAUCCUGGGAUAAACUCCGCCGUGUCCUUGACUAGAUUACUGAAGAUCACAGAGAAUGCAUGAAUGAAUUUGGAGCCUCAAUCAUUUGACCACUUAUAGUUUUUUGUUUUUAAAAUAAUUCCUGUAUGAAUGAAAGAUUGCUAGAGGAAAGAUUAAAACACCUUUUUUUUUUUUCCUAAAGGGUGCCAUUAAUUCUGCAGCCGAGUGCUAUAGAGGCAGUGUUGCUGUUUUGGACAGAGGAGCAGAUGCUGUCUGUAUCAGUAAUGUGUGUAAUGUGAUUGAGAGAGGGCCUGGCUCUGCUGUUGUCUGUUCUAGUGAACUGUAAAGAGGUCUGGAUGCCUUUUCUUCCUCAUGCACAGGAUGCAGACUGAGAUACCUGAACAUUUUUAUUAGAAUUUUAAUGUUUACAUCUUUUGUUUAUUAUUUAUUGCGCAUCUGUAUAAAAUGCAUAGUGACCAGUGCCUCGUGCUGGGUGUCAGGGGUGUGUGCGUGUUACGCACAUGGCUCAGUACUUUGUCACGUCUGUCAUUGGCUAGAAGUGGCUUGAGACCAUGUUGUGACGCUGCCUAUAUAACGGGGCUCGUGCCAGCUGGACGGCGUGUCCGCGCGCGCCCCGCCCAGAGCUGCAUGGACACUUCAUUUCCACGUCUCCAGAGAGCGUGCGCGGGGCAUCAGGAUUAUAACAGGAGCAUCCUUCUCCUCCUCCGAAUUUAGCCACAGAAAUAUCUGACAGGUUUCCCCUGGCUGCUUUGAGAGUUCUCCAAAAAGCCAGUGAUCAUGGCAAACAGGGGCCCCAGUUACGGCCUGAGCCGGGAGGUGCAGGAGAAGAUUGAACAGAAGUAUGAUCCUGAUCUGGAGGCUCGGCUGGUCGACUGGAUCAUUGCGCAGUGUGGAGGAAAUCUAGAAAGGCCCCAGACAGGAAGGCAGAACUUCCAAAAAUGGCUCAUGGAUGGCACUAUCCUCUGCAGACUCAUUAACAGUCUGUACCCGCGUGGUAAAGAGCCCAUUAAGAAGAUCCAGGAGACACAGAUGGCUUUUAAGCAGAUGGAGAAGAUCUCGCAGUUCCUCCAAGCGGCUGAGGCGUACGGAGUCAUCACCACAGACAUCUUUCAGACUGUAGAUUUAUGGGAAGGAAAGGACAUGGCCGCCGUCCAGAGAACUCUAAUGGCUCUGGGCAGUGUGGCACUCACCAAGGAUGAUGGACAUUACCGUGGCAACCGGGACUGGUUCCAUAGGAAGUCUCAGUCUAACCGGAGGGAGUUUUCAGAAGAGCAGCUGCGCCAGGGCCAGAACUUGAUCAGCCUGCAGAUGGGCAGCAACCGUGGGGCGUCCCAGGCUGGUAUGACAGGCUACGGCAUGCACCGCCAGAUCAUGUAACCCAGCCUGGAAAUGACCUACAACCUGCAUCAGACACCCAGAAGACCUUAAUCCAUGCAGAGGACCAACAUCGGAUUCAGUCAUCAGUUUCGUUAAUGCUUUUGGUUGUCGAACGAUGAAGUAGAGCACUUUUAAUAUCAGUGUCCUUUUAAAAUGUCUUGAAAUUCCAUGUAUGAUAUUAAUUAAUAACUUAUUAGCAUGACUACUAUGUCUUUUUAUUUUUCUUUACUAUAAUAUGUUUGUCAGUAUCAUAACCACAAAAACAUUUUUAACAUAAAUACCUAGAUCUGUAUGACGUCCAUUAAUAUAGUCAAGUCAAAACAGCUGCUCUCAUCUCUGUAAACAUUUAAACUAUAUCUAAAAACACAUACUAAUAAUAUGGCAUCAAUCAUUUUGGCAUACACUCACCGGCCAAUUUAAUAGGAACUUGUUCUUGAUUCUGAUUGCAUGCUGAGAUGCUUUUCUGCUCACCACGGUUGUAAAGAGUGAUUAUAUAAAUUGCUACGAGUUCCCUCCUGGCAGCUUGAACCAAUCUGUCCGUUUUCCCCUGACCUCUCUAAUCAACAAGGCGUUCGUUUCCACCACAGAACUGUCUGAUGUUUGAAGUGAACAUUAACUGAAGCUCUUGAUUUGUAUCUGUAUGAUUUGAUGUAUUGUGCUGCUGUCAAAGGGUUGGCUGAUUUAGAGAACCGUAUAAAACAGCAGGUGGAUGGAGGGGUAUUCCUGAUAAAGUGACCGGUGAGUGUACAUUGUACGAUAUUAUUAUGCGGUUUUGGAUGCAACCUCUGUGUUAAAAGUUGCACAAUGAUUUUUUUUUUUUAAUCUACGCACAAACAUUGCUGUCAGCCUUGUACCACAUCUGAAUGCAGAUCUGUAUUCGUUUCUUUAGUUAAGUGCCAAAACUCCACAAAAGGAAAAAAAAAGUGUCUUUCCCUUUGUGUUAUGUUUAAGGUUGAUAUUAUGUGUCACUGUUUUUUGCUGGUGUUUGGUGAAGAUGUUUAAUAAAUCGAUAUUAUAUUAAUGGACUAUUGUUUAUUAACUCUUGAACAAUACACGGUGGUGUAGUGGUUAGCAUGGUUGCCUCACAGCAAGAAGGUUCCGGGUUCGAACCUAGCGGCUGGCGAGGGCCUUUCUGUGUGGAGUUUGCAUGUUCUCCCCGUGUCUGCGUGGGUUUCCUCCAGGUG